UGUGCAGUGCAGACAUGUGGCUGAAAAGCGUGCUACUAAUAUGUGGUGUCAUAGCGUGUGCGCUGACUGACAGCUCGACGGAUAUCAAACAGAUAUCCGGUGACAAUUUGGCUCGAGCGAAGAAUGUAGCGGCCACAACUUACCAACCACCUCGAGCCAUCUCGAUCGAAGAAUUCGUGUCGUCACACAAACUGCCAGAAAAUGUAGCGAGACCAUCGGAGGACGAUGAUUACGAGGACGACGAUUACAUCGAAGAGAAGAAAGUCGCGCUUAAGGACAACAAGCACUCGAAGAAAGUCAUCCCAAAGUUCGAGAACGUCGACAAGAAGCCGGCCGUCCUCGAGCCCGUCAGACGUUUAGACUCGUCCGAGGAGGACGACUUGGAGAGUCUCGCCGCUAAAAGACAAGCACGAGUGGAGCUCGAAAAUUUCAGCGACACCGGGAAGGUCUUGCAAGAGGAAAGAAUGAGAAGAGUUGAUUCUAGGAGACCGCGCCUAAGCGAACAGGACGAGGUUAUUCCGGGAGUUUACGUCAGCGCCGAGUAUCCAACAACGAUGCUGCCGGUUCUGACAACUCCGCGCGAAGCACGUGGCAAUUCCUACGAUUUCGUCCCCGUAAAUAUUAUUCGCGAAGAUAAUAAGGAUGGUUUCGCGCGUUUCUCUGACGCAAACUUUGGCGACUUGAGUGAUGUCAGCUUGGUGCCAGCUGGUACAAAUUCUCGUAUUCAGGUGAAGAAGGGGCCGAACGGCAAGGACUACGAAUACGAGUAUGUUUAUUAUUACUACGACGAGGAGGAUGAGAGUAAAGCGGGUACAGCUGGUUCAGCUGUGACGAAUUCUUACGACCUUCCUUCCAGAACAACCUCCGCACCCAGGAGAAGCGGUACCGCUGGCAACAGGAGUAAGUACAACGCUGUGGAGAGGUCAAGCACCGUCGAGCCUAGCAACAACGAAGUCAUACCGAACAGAAAUGGUAACAGGGGUAGGCAACUCGUCGAGACCGAAGACCUCUCCGAGGAGAGACUGCCAGCGAAUACUCGCUUCCCACCUAGAUCGCGAUCGAAUCACAACACAGGCACAACGGAACCCUCGCGGGCGCGCGGCAACCGACCACGGCCGAGUCUAGACCUGGUUGAUUCGAGCAGCUUCCGGACUCACGAGGGUCCCGAGUUCCCGCAAACCUUGCCGAAAGGGCCGGUCAGGUUUCUCGGAGUUACCCCUAACGAGGAUAACGAGGAAAAACCGCUGAUCAGAAGCCGCGGUAGACCACAGAGGGUUCAAGAACCAGCUCCCGUUGAAGAAACGGUGGACGACACGCCGACGCCUACUACUAUUAGUAGAAGACGACCGACCUCCACCGUAGCGCCCGAGACUGAAGUGGAACUGAGCAGAGGUCAACCGGUGCGCUCCAACGAGGAGGACGACGAAGAGGAGACCGUCGCGCCGGAGAAGUCCGGCAUCAAGCGAAUAUCGUUAGAAGACAAGGCGCAGGAUUCCAGCGAAACGGAGUCCUCGCCGAUCUCCUCUAGCACCGGCGCCGACACCACGGACGAUCCAACGACGGAAUACCCGUCGGCGAUGGACAAGGUCGCCCUGGACCUCUACGCAUUCUUGCAGCAGGGUCAAAGUAACCUGAUAGAUCCGUCCAGCAGCGAAGUUGGUGAGACAGGAGACAAUACGACGCUUCCCGACGAGGAGAUCACGACCGACGACGCGGCAGUGACGACGACGGAACCCGCUGCGACUACGAUCGCCGCGGAAUCCACGAGCACCACGACGACGACCACCACCACCACCACCACUACCACGACCGAGCCGACGACCACAACUACCACGACGACCACGGAGCCACCAACUACCACGACUCAAGCUCCCGCUGGAAGAGGGAAAUUCCGACGACCUGGAAUAGGCGGCCCGGCUGUCUCCAGGAAUCGUUUCAAGUCCAACGGUGCCAGCACGACCACCGAGGCGGCCGCCUCGGAACCGACUCCGAGAACCCGGACGCGUUUCUCCGGUAACGGCUCCAACGGCGGCGGUGGUUUCAAACGACCGCGGCCGGCCGGCGGCCACAAACCCGUCGAGGAAGACACCGUGCAGAAGGAGACGUCCAACACGGCGAACGCGGAGAAAGCGUCCGCCGGUCGCGGCAGGUUCCGCGCGCCCGUCGGAGGCAGGACCGCCGUCUCAACGACGACGUCGCCGCCGUCAAACGGCGCCUCAGCGACGUCAGCCCGGCCGACCUUCAACAAGCUAAACAUCAACCGCAGACGCGGACGACCCACAACAGCCACGCCGGCGGGCGAGGAGAACCAGGAAGCGACACACUCCGAAAGCAGCCAGACCGUCGCCCAGACUGCGCCGGAAACCGCGACGAGCGUCGCCCCGAAGCCCGCCGUAAGAGCGAGACUCCCUGGUGCCGGGCCUGCCAUCAGACCUGCGAUCAGACCGGGCGCCAGGGUCAACCUGAGGCAGAAACCGGGGCAGACCACGACGACCACGACGACGCUCGCGCCUGAAGCCGCCGACGCGUCCGUCGAGGAGCCGGCCGGGGAGGGCACCGAGGAGGAAACCCACGAGGCACCAGCGGAAACCAGCCCGCCGCCGGCGCGCGCUACCUCGGCGAACCCCCUGAACAAGCUUCGCAACCGCAACCGACUGCAGGUGCAUCCGAAGGCGACGACGAAGACGCCGGCGUUACCGCCGGCGAUUCGAAGAUCGCCGCUGUUGCCGCGACGCAAGGUGACCGAGGCGCCGGUAGCGCAGUCGAGCCAAGAGGACGUCGCCUCUGAGGAAGAGGCCACUUCCGACGAGGCGGAGCCGACCGAAGCGGUCUCCGCCGAGACUAGCACGGCGGCCAGCACGAAGCACGAAGAGACGCGUGGCCUGAGCGGUCUCCUGGCUCCUCGACGCAGGAUACCGGUGCGACGUCCGGGUCAGAUAGUCGCACGGGAAUGA